AUAAAAGAUUAUUUAUACUGUUGUUUGUUUUUGUUUUUUUAUUGCAAGAGAAACGUUGUGAUUUUCCAGAAAUAAAACAUGGACUACUACACAAUGAAUAUAACUAUAGACGAGACUUUCCAGUAUCUGUAGGAAAAAAAUAUUACUAUUCCUGUGACCACAAUUUCGUGACAGAUAAAAAACAGAACGGGGGAUAUAUUCAUUGCACACAAGAAGGAUGGUCACCAGCAGUACCGUGCCGCAGACAAUGUAUUUUUAAUUAUUUGAUAAAUGGAGAAUAUCCAUAUCCAGCAAAAAUAUAUUUCCAAGGUGACUCUGUAAGUGUUAACUGCUAUGAUGGCUACAGUCUUCAAAAUGAGCAGACUGUAAUGACCUGUACAGAAGAUGACUGGGUGCCUGCUCCCGAAUGCCUUCCUCCUGGGAAUCGUUGUGAUUUUCCAGAAAUAAAACAUGGUAGUCUACACCGUGAAAGUAACUAUAGACAAAACUUUCCAGUACGUGUAGGAGAAAAAUAUUGGUAUUCCUGUGAUCAAAAUUUUGUGACUGUUUCACAAAAGCCCUGGGAACAUAUUCAUUGCACACAAGAAGGAUGGUCACCAGCAGUACCAUGCCGCAGACAAUGUAUCUUCAAUCAUUUGAAAAAUGGAGAGUAUCCAAAACAAGGAGUUAAAUAUUUACAAGGUGAAAAUGUAAGCGUUAACUGCAAUUCUGGCCACAGUCUUCAAAAUGAGCAGACUGUAAUGACCUGUACAGAGGAUGGCUGGUUCCCUCCUCCUGAAUGCAUUCCUCUCAGUAAGUAAAUGAUCUGAGAUCCCAGUGUAUUAUGGUUUUCUAACCCUCAUCUAUAUUGACUGUAACAAAAUAUUUAUAACAACUUUCUUAUCUCCCCUAUGGAA